AGCGCCCCGGAAGCGGAAGCGGGGCCUCCGUUGCUAGGCGACGCCGUGGCGGCGGGGCGGCGGCGGGGAGCCGAGCAGAGCAAAGCGAGCUCAGCAACCCCCUCCCCAAACGGGCGCGAUGGAGAAGUACCACGUCCUGGAAAUGAUCGGCGAAGGCUCCUUCGGGCGCGUGUACAAGGGACGCCGGAAACACAGCGCCCAGGUGGUGGCCUUGAAGUUCAUCCCCAAGGUGGGGCGGUCUGAGAAGGAGCUGAAGAACCUGCAGCGGGAAAUUGAGAUCAUGAGAGGCCUCCAUCACCCCAACAUCAUCCAGAUGCUCGACAGCUUCGAGACCGAUAAGGAGGUGGUGGUGGUGACUGACUACGCAGAGGGAGAACUCUUCCAGAUCUUGGAGGAUGAUGGGAGUUUGCCUGAGGACCAGGUCCAGACCAUAGCUGCCCAGCUGGUCUCUGCUCUCUAUUACCUGCACUCCCACCGCAUCCUGCACCGUGACAUGAAACCCCAGAACAUCCUGCUCGGCAAAGACGGCGUUGUCAAGCUCUGUGAUUUCGGGUUUGCCCGUGCCAUGAGCAUCCACACCAUGGUGCUGACCUCCAUCAAGGGCACCCCGCUGUACAUGUCCCCUGAGCUGGUGGAAGAACGGCCGUACGACCACACGGCGGACCUGUGGUCUGUGGGCUGCAUCCUGUAUGAGCUGUUCGUGGGCACUCCUCCCUUCUACACCAGCAGCAUCUUCCAGCUCGUCAGCCUCAUCGUCAAGGACCCCAUCAAAUGGCCCACAGCCAUAAGCCCAGUCUUCAAGAGCUUCCUGCAGGGACUGCUAAUGAAGGACCCCCGCCAGCGCCUGUCGUGGCCGGAGCUGCUCUCUCACCCUUUCAUUGCUGGACGGGUUACUGUGAUCGAUGACACGGAAGAGCACGGGAUCUCAAACCCCUUCACCACCAAGCUGUCCCCAGAGCUGGAGGCCCUGAAGGAGCAGCAAGCCCAUUCCAUGGCCCCCAGGAGUGGCCAGUCCAGGAUCCUCAGAAAGGCCCGGCAGAAGAUGGUUGAGGAGGCACAGAAAAAGGGGCAACUGAAGGCAGGUGAUGCAUGCAUGAAGGACUCUGGCAAAGGAUGCCCAGGCCAUAGACCCAGAGCAGCUCCAGGGAAGGCAGCCCUUGGGGAGGGCGAGCCACCAGCAGCCUCCAAGGAGAAGAACCCCAAUGUCCUGCAAGGAAAGAGCAGCAUGGCAGAGUGGGAGUUGGAGGAGCCUCCUCCCAACCCACGGGAGCACAGCAUCACUCGAGACUACGAGCAGGAGUUUCCUGGAGCAGGUGCCUCUCCACAGCCUGGUGCUGGCAGGGCAGAGCCCCGGGGCAGGCGCAGCAUUGAGGCUGUGGACCUGGAGAGUGAGGAGCUAGAGAGCGAUGAGGAAUGGCAGCACCUGAUUAAGGCCACAGAGCCCUCUGCCAUGCAGCUGAGCACACCGCUGAGCCUCCUGAGGGACCUGGCCUUCCGGCACCGUGCCCAGGUCCGCCUGGCAGACUCUGCUCAACAGGUGCUGGAAGGAAUGCUGGAGGGAGCCUCCCGUCUCCGUCCAGUGCUCCGUGUUGUGAGCAACCUCCUGACUACCCAAUGUGACUCUGAGCUGCUGGACCACUUCUGCCGAGAGCUGAAUGUGCCUCUGUCCCUGCUGUGUCUAGCCAAGCAGAUCCUGGAGAGUGAUAGCACCAGGCAGCAGCCCUGGUGUAUCACGGUGCUGACAGACCUCCUCACAGUGACCACAGUUUAUUUCAGCAGUGAAUGCGGCCUGGAGGAGAGUGGGCGAAAGGACAGCCUGCAGGCCUUCCAGGAGAGUGCCGGCUGCUUCCUAGCCCUGCUGCUGGAGCUGCUGACUGAGCCAGCCGACAGCGAGAUGAGACUCUGCCAGCAAAGCCUCCUGUGCUUCACCCUGCUCUGUGAGAGCCUGGAUGCGACAUACCCCUCCAUCUCUGCCCCCUUCUAUGCCAGCCUGCGAGAGGACUAUCAGCCCCUGCUGAACAAACUCCUUCAGGGAUCCAACUCAGAGCAGCCUGCUCUGCAAGGUGCAGUGAUGGAGGCCAAGUCAGCCCAUGACCAGAGCCCACGUCUGGCAGACCUCUUCACGGCUGCAUUGGCUGCUGCCUGCAACAUCCCCCUGGAGAGGAAUGGCUGUCGGGAAGUCAAGCGGCAGGUCGCUCAGGAGGUAGCUGAAAAGCUUAUGGAGGGAGAGAGCCAGCAACUUGGAAAACUGCUGGGGAGACUGGAGCACCCAAGCUGCUCCUUGAAUGUACUGAAGAUCCUCUACGCUGGCUGCCAUGCCAGCCUGAGCCUGUGCCAGCACCUGGGAAGGAGUCAACGACUGUGGGGUUCCCUCAUGCAGCUUUUGAAGGGUGAGGUUCCCAUGGUGGAGGUGGCCCAGAAGGCAGCCUGCGAGGCCUCACUGUAUCUGCUGGCCCUGCUCACCCUGCAGCUCCAGGUCUCCCCUCCCAGGCUUGAGGAGGUGGUUACCCUGGCCAUGGAUCUCAUCACCCAGUCUUCUGUCGUCUCCCUUGUGGGUGCUGCAGCAUUUCUCCUGACACAGCUCUGUCAACAUGGGGUGGCCUUGGAGCUCAGGAGAGAAGAGAUCCUGCUGGUGGUGACAAAUGCACUGACGGCACCUGCUGAGCUGCAGAUCCCCCUGCCAAUGGGUGCUGGUCUCUAUGACGGGAUCUUUUUCCUCCUGCUGAAGCUCCUUGCCCAGGAGGACAUGGCUGCGGAGCAGGGCCUUGCCACCUCAGAGCUCUGGAGUGUGGUGUGGCAUUGUGUUGCUGCAGUGCUUCGCGUGGCCAGUGACAGGGCAGCACUGGAAGGAGACACCCCAGGGACAGACCACCCCACGGCAGAGCCAGACUGGAACCUCCUCUCCCCUCAAGGCACCCUGCUUUUCCUCAGCCUGGCCCUCUUAGUCUUCACUCGUGAGUCCCACCGGUGCCUGCCUCAGCUCACUCAUUCCCACGGUGUCCUCAUGGUGACACUGAAGAGGCUGCUGUCCCCUGGCUUCCUGGCAUGCCUGGCAGAGACGCAGGCAGGAGAGAAUGGGGACCCUGAUCUUGUCCCAGAUGUGGUGAUCCAAGCCUGCCAGCUCCUCUGUUUCCCUUUUGCCCUGGAUGUCGAUGGAGACACCUUAGCAUUGGUCAUGGAGGCUGUGAGAGAUGCGCAGAUCCCUGCUCAGCUGCUGCAGGUCUGCUCUCACCAUCUGCCCUUCUCCUACACUGAGCUCCCCAUGAGCCUUUUGUGCCACUUCGUUGUGUGUGAUGAGCAGGUCAUAGACCAAAUGGUGAGGGAAGCUGCUGCCUCAGAGCACGUCAUUGCCUUCUUGACAUCUGCCUUGUUUUCAGACAGCCUCACGCUCACGACUGACCUCCUGUCUCUCUUGACCCACGUGGCCCGGGCCUGUCCGGAGCACCUGCCCUUUCUCCAGAGGAUCCUGAGGGGCUCGGAUGUGGCCGACCAGCCACUGACCCACCUGCUGGGCCACCAGCAACACCUGAUACGCGCCAAAACCUGCAACCUGCUGGGCAACCUGCUCCGACACGGCCACGGCUUUUCCCAGGUGUUGCAGAGCCAGCCUGGCUUGCUGGACAACCUGCUGGGGUGCCUGACAGACCGAGAGGAGAGUGUGCGGAGGGCAGCCAGCUUCGCGGUGGGCAACGCCACCUACCACGAGUCCUCCCCCGCCGGGACCCUGGGCAGGGCUGUGCCCGGGCUGAUGCGGCUGUUGAGCGACGCGCAGGCCAGGACGUGCUGCAACGCUGCCUCGGCCCUGGGCAACCUGGGCAAGCGCUGGGAGGAGCUGGGGGACCUGCUGAUCGAGAGCAGGGCCCCCCACGUCCUGCUGGAGGUGGCCUGCCGGGACCCCCGGGAGAGCGUGCGGGAGGAAGCCCUCGUCGCGCUGCGGGCCCUCAGCCAGCACCCCCGGGUACAGCAGGUCCUGCUGUCUCUCAGAGCCACCGAGAAGCUGGCCGCGCUGGCCGGUGGUGACCUGCAGCCCACCGCUGGCAGCAACCCCCGGCCGUCUUCUGCCCGGCAUUGCGAGAAGCUCCUGCGCCUCCUCACGCCUCUGUGCAGUGCUGGCAGCACCCCCGGCCACCCAGAUCCCAGCAGGUUUGCUGCCCCGCACCAGCGCUGAGGGCUGACGCCUGGGCCCAGCCUGACGCUGCCUUCAGCGGGACGGGACAAACUCUUCAUCCUCCCCGGAUGGCUUCGUCCAGCCCCGACCCUUCCGUGAAACCCAUUUUGUCUGCCUGAGGAGGGGGCCCUGCCCGGCCUCCUUUACCCCGGGAAGGAAGCCAUUCCUGGAAAAGCGCCUGUAGCCCUCAAGGAUGCAGCUCGUCCCGCCGGGGCUCCGCCGCUCUAUCCCGGGGCAGCCCCGCCGAGGGGACCGGCGCCCGCGCCGCUAGGGGGCGCCGCCGCGGCACGUCCGGGAAGUGACGCCCGCCCGCCGGCGCGGCCCCGCGCGGUGGCUGCCGGGAGGUGUAGUCACGUGGCGGCGCCGCCCCGGAUCCCUAUGGUAACGGCGGGCGGCGCGGCGGCGGCGGCGGCGGGGCCCGGCGGGCGGUGAGUACGGGAGGGGCGGGCCCCGGUGUGCCUCCCCUCCAAGGCGUUGGGGUCCGUGCUCCCCCUAGCCCCCCCGGGUGUCACCUUCAAGGGCCCCUCCGGGGCGUGGGGGCCUUGAUCCCCGCUGCCGCCUCCCCAUCCCCGCCUCGCUGGGGCCCUCGGCCCUCCCUGCCCCACGGCCGUGCUCGCAGCACCCACCCGGCCUGUCCCCGGGGCCGGAGGAGGCAGCUUGCCCAACGCCAGCCCUCCCCGCGGGGGGCUUGCCGUGGCUCUAGCCUGUGGGGUGCCCCGGGCCAGGCCCCGUGGGGCUGGGGAGGUGGCCCGGGGGUGCUCUGCGGCGGGACGUGCCCAGCACGGCGUCCUGGCCAGCGCUCCUAGGGCAGGGUGGAGUGUCUCAGUAGCACCUUUGGCCUCAAAGACUUUAACCUGAAGAAAUAAGAAACGGAACGUGUUCCCUGGGCGAGCACCAUGGAGGAAGAAGAGCAGACUCUCCAACGAGCCUCUCCUCGGAGCUGAAGUGAGGAUGGAGCUGGGAUUGACUGGACCUGCGUGGGGCACUGGGACAGCCUGGCUGUUACUCUUUCCACCAGGGUCUUGGCUUGGCUGCUCUGGUAUCAUAAAAAGGAGCUGAUGGUUCUGAAAGGUGAAUGGCAGAAUUGCAAAAGGAGUUGAGACAAGGCUGGAGAGUUUCCUGAAUGCCUCCAGGAUCUGGGCUGGGAAUGAGUGGUGUAGGAGCCUGUAGCGCUGUGCCAGCCUGCUGUCUGCCUGCCUGCCCAGGCUGCAGAUAUCUCGUGGGACAUAGCCAUUCAGCCCCACAUCAAAACCCUCCCUACAUGACUCCCUGCGACGUGGCUUCUUUUUCUUAUUGCUGUGUGUUCCUCACUGAGUGGGUAUGUGACAUCUAGUGGGUCCUAGGCAGUUUGGGAGAAUUAACAUGAGUUGUUGGUCUGAUUAGUUUUAUCUAGUAAUUUUUCUUUCACUCUUAGUGGUUGUACCCAGCAGAUCGUGACAUUUGUCUGUCCUUGCAUUGCUCUCUUGCUGUGGUCCUUAGGUUUUGUAUUAGGUAAACCUUGUUGAUGACAAAUUGGCCCCUCCUGCACUUUGGUCGUGCCUGGGGACCUUCUCAGCAUAGCAGGGAUCACAUUGCAAGGAGGGUGCUGACAAAUGCCACUGUUCUCAGAUAAUGAUGCCUUCAUAGAGAUGUCAUGUCACCAACGCAGGUCUGGGGCUUUGGUUGCCAUACUGGCCUGGCCAGGUGCCAUUCCUUGGCAUUUCCCAGCUUCCUCCCGUGCAGCAAGUCUGGGAAUAUUUGGCAGCUUCUUCCCAACUUCAGUCUCUGUUUCUGCUCCACUCCUGAUCUCUGAGAGACUGUUGCAUGGAGUGAGGUGGUUGCAGUGCAUCCAGAGGGAUAUGUCCCACCCUGGUCAAGACAUGGAAGGGUCCUCAUCACAUACUAAAGGACAGACCUGGGAGCUUCUUCUUCCAGUUCCAGAUGUGUUUCAGAAGAAGGUAUCAAGGAAAGAGGAUGGACAAAGAAUCGAUGUGUUUUGAACUAAUGGGGUAGUUCUUGUCUUCUUGCUAUAUGUUGUUAUUUUAUAGUUGUUCCACUCACCCUGUCUUCCACCUUUAUUUUAUUUCUCUGCUAAAGGCUGUGAGUGUGGCCACGCUGCCUAAAACCAGUGAUCAGUGCUGACUGCCUGUCAGUUCCUGUGCUGGUGGCCAAGCUCUCCCCAGGUCCCACUGCGUAUUUCUCCUGUACCUUUUCUCCCAUCGUGAAGCUCAAUUGAGAGCACUAUCCAUUUGGUUCACAGUCUGCUUGGAUCUGCAAGAAGGUGCUUUAGACCUCCUCACUGAAAGGCUUUAAAACACCCCAUGCUUAGGCUGGUUGCUUUUAACGCAGACUCAUUUCCCUAUUCUAGUUUAUGCUGCAGUACAACUGCUCCUAUAGCCCAGACAAUGAGAAAGUACAAAUUAAGGAUGGGAGUGAGGGCAGGGACUUCCCAGCAUCGCUUCUGGGGAAACACAGAGCUGCCUGGUCCGCUGUUGCCGUGCAGCAGGUCCCUUUCAGUGGCCUGGGGACUCUGUCAGGGUGGAAGAGUUGGUAUCCUUAGAUAGUGAUGGGGACUCCACAUUCUGGACCCUUCCUUCGUCUUUUGGUAAGGCCUCUGCACUCUCUGGUCACAGCCAGGGCAGCCCACCUGGGGCGAGCACUGAGCCAGCCUUUUAGAUGUCUCUGGUGCGCCUUCUCCAUGGCAAAGCUGCAGCCCUGGAUUUUCUACCUAAUCAUGCUGGAGUCCCUCACCUCAUCUGACACUGCUCCGAUGCCCUGAGAGCGGUGAGAAGGUCCCCUGUGAGCUCAAACGUGUGAGCCUUCAGAGCCCAGCUCAGCCCGUGUGUGCGUGGAAGGAGGUGGUGACGGGAUUCCAGCUCUCCCAUGGCGUGGUCCAGCGCCCUCCUGCCCGUAAGGUCUGCCAGCCUCGGGAACGGGCGUGCGCGCCAGAGCUGCUCUGCUCUUGCAGGGCAGCGCUCUGCUUAGAUGAAAGAUCAUUUCAGGCAGUCAUGCACUUCUUAUGCUUUCUCUCUUCGGUGUGGAGGUCAGCACCACAGCCAUUGAAUUAAAAUUACUAGCCCCAGCGCAAAGGCUGGGUACAAAUGUAAUCCCGGGAUGCAGGUGGAAUUUGCUGAUGGCAUCCCCACAGUGGGUGGUUUCUCACUGGUAUCUUUUUUGACCUGAGUGGCCAGGCAAAAACUUGCAGUCUUGAUUAGCAGAGAAACUGGUCCUUAUCCUGUGCCUCUGGUAUUGCACCCAAAAUGUGGUUCUGCACGAUGAUACCAGAGUGGAGAAAGAGCAGUGAUGCUUAACUACACAGCAAAGCAGCAUGCUGGGCUGUUGGUCCCUGUGCUGCCAGCAUUUCUGCGGUGGCUGAGCUGCCUCUGAGCUGUCUUGUCAUGGACAUCUCGUGGCCAGCAGGACCCUCUGUUCUUCAGCUUGAACUUGCGGGUGGCCUUGGCUGCUGCUUUGUCUUGGUGACUGCACUCAAGGCCACUUGUUUCCUGCAGUUGAUGUAGGUGAGGGUUGUUUCUGUGCUGUUAAACACAAGAGUUUGUACCUAACUGCCAGGUGUAAGAGCAGCUUUAAGCAUUCUCAGUCAGUUGGUUUCAGAUGAAUGCGCUUCAUCUUGUUGAAUUGAAGGGGUACAAGCCCUUAUUUUGAAGUGUAUAUUGGUUUUAAAACCUGUUUAUUUUGCGUUGUUAACUUGCUUGUUCAGGCUUUAAUCAGAAGCCCCAGAGCUGUAAGUGAGGAACUUGGUGUGAACUCUGGUCUCAUUUAGAAAAAUAUAUUAUCCUUUCUAACUGUAAAGAACAGAAAUUGCACCCUGCAAUGGCAUAGAACAUAAUAGCAAAUCACAGUUGUCUGAUUCCCUGCCCCCCUUGUGACUUUGGGCUGCGUGAGGCUGACAGCACAUUAUCAGGUCAGUUUGCAGCUCAUACAUUUGCAAGCUCUUGUUAUUUUAAGCACGUCACCACAGCUGCGUUUAAAAUAACCUCCACAGCCAAACACACGUGAUGAAGGGAUGAUGUGCAUGCCCGGGCUUUUACGGUUUCAUCCUUUCCCCUUAGAAAUGGGUCUGCGAGGAGCUGCCAUACUGCCAUCAGAGGAGCACACGCUGCGGGGAGGCUCGGGUGGGGAGAAUGGGCUUCCACUGACGCGUAGCUGGGUGUGCACAGGCUGGGGUGCGUGGUGGCCCCUGCGCACCUGUGAUGUGACAUUCGCAAAGGCCGUGGCAGUGCUCCAGCUGACGUCCCGAAGCUUGUGAGCAGGCUGUGCGAUAAUAAAAGGUGCUAGCGAAAUAGUUGUAAGCGAGUGCAGCUGUACGGUCACUCCAACAGCGACAACUUUGACCUCUAUAUUGUAUGUCAAUAAGUCCAAGCCAAAAUCCAUUAAUUACCAGUAAUGAUGUUUGGGUUUGUCUUCCAGCCUGGCCAGUUCACCCUGGGCAUUUCCUAGCUCAUGUUUCUACAAUAAAAUUUCCAAGUGUAGUUUUAUUGCUGUUGCGAGCAGCA